UGUAUUGUGAAUGGAAUGGGAGCUGAUGAGAAAGUAUAAAAGAGCACGAGCGACACGAUAGCAGCUUGGCUUACAGAGGGUUUUUUUUAAUAAAAUUGUUAAGGAUUAUUGGUAUUGUUUUAAAUCUUAACGAUUGACAAUACUAAUUAUCUGACAAUGGCCCUUAGCCAAACCAGUGUGUUAAAACUUUAUAAUACUGUGAUUGAUGAUGUAAUAAAUGGUGUAAAAGAUUCAUUAUGUACUGAGGAAGGCGUCGAUGAAGGUGUACUAGAAGAACUAAGACAAAUAUGGGAAUCGAAAUUGAUUCAAAGUAAAGCUGUGGAAAUAAAUUCUGAUCCACCAGAACCACAACCGCCUCAGAUAACAAUACUUAAAAAUAGUGGAGCAAAUAAAGGUGUUACUUCCAGCAAUGCUGCAAAUGUUGGUAAUCAUUUUGCUCAGCAACAAAUGCAAGCAGUAUCAACUACAACUCAAUCGCAGUCUCACGUUCAGCAACAGACACCACAGCAAUUAAUUCAAACUCAAUCUCAGUCACAACCACAACCAGUAAGAGUUGCUAAUCAACAAACAACAAAUUUACCAGCUCAGCAACAUGCAACAAUGCCAGUACAACAAGUUGUUACUGCACCAGCAUUAUUUGAACGACAAGUUCCUAUUCAAAUAACUUUACCUGGUAAUGCCAGUACUGGUGAUGGAAAUCCUAAGGUUUUGACGAUUCAUGUUCCUGCAUCUGCUAUUCAAAGUAAUCAAUUACAUACUAUUCUAACGGGAUCUGUGAUAACUGCAGCUAUGGGAUUUCCGGAAAGUGUUGCGUCAAAAUUACUUCAACAACAUGUCGAUAAAACUUUACAAGCUCAAUCAACUUUACCUAUGGAAAUAAACCAAGUAAUUACACAGGCAAAUAAUGUUCAACAACAAUUACCUGUACAGAACCAGGCACAAGGUAACAUAGCUCAACUUGAUGGUCCACAUGGAGAUACUUCUGAAGAUGAAGACGAUGAAGAUGAUGAAGAUGACAAUGAUGACGACGAUGAUGAUCUUGAAAAAGAUGACGAUGAACAGGAUGAUGCAGGAGCUCGAGAAGAGGAACCACUUAAUUCUGAGGACGAUGUUACAGACGAUGAUCCAACUGAUUUAUUUGACACCGAUAAUGUUGUUGUAUGCCAAUACGAUAAGAUAACGAGAAGUCGAAACAAAUGGAAAUUUUAUUUAAAAGACGGGAUAAUGAAUUUGAGUGGUAAAGACUAUGUAUUUCAAAAAGCAAACGGUGAUGCUGAAUGGUGAGCCAAUUAAUUGGCUUUUAAUUAUAUCAGAUUAUGAUUGUUUUUUUUUUCCAUUGUAAUUAAAAUUUUAUGGAAAAUUUUGAAUAUAUUCAUAACUUAUUAUUUAGUCAACCGAUUACUAAUUAAAUGUGGAAAAUAAACAAAUUUUCAUUAUAAAAACUAAAAUUAAAAUCAAUAAAUAAAUAAACUCAUUGACACUAAAGUAAAUUUAGUUAGUAUAAUUAACAAAGUGUGAAUAAAGUAGUCAAGUGCACUGGUGAUGGAAUUUAGUGUGUGUCAAAUUUUGUUAUUUACUUAAGGUUGAUUAAUUAUCAAAUAAUAUAUUGAUAUCUCCUAUUA